AUGCUCUUCUCCGCAGCGUGUGCCGCCUUCGUCGUCCCUUCCCUCGGCGGCGGCGCACGCCUGGCGGCACACGCCUCCCCGCCGCUCUCCGGCCAGCAGCCGGCGCCGGCCUUCGGCGAGCAGCCAUCAUCGCGUGAUCGCGCUCACCCGCCUUGGGCCGUCGCGCCGCCACACCGCAUGUCAUCGCAGCGCAGCGGCCUGAUCACGAUGAAGGGCAAGAAGGGUGGCAAGCCGAAGGGCGAUAACAAGUUCAAGGCGGGCGGAAAGAAGCAGCAGGGCCAGCAGGAGAAGAAGAGCGUCAAGGACAGCCGCAUGGCGGAGCAGACAAAGAGCUUCAUCUACACGAUCCUCAAGCUCACAAAGGCGCUCCCCGACGGCUCGCGCACGCUCAUCAAGAACAUCAACCUCUGCUUCUUCCCCGGCGCAAAGAUCGGCCUCGUCGGCUUGAAUGGCGCCGGAAAGUCGACACUGAUGAAGAUUAUGGCGGGCGUCGACACCGAGUACGACGGGGAGUGCACGCCGGCGCCGUGGGCGUCGGUGGGCUACCUGGCGCAGGAGCCCGAGCUCGACGGCGCCACUGUGCAGGAGUCGAUCGACGCGGGCGUGGCGCAGGGGCGGGCGACGCUGCAGCAGUUUGAGCAGCUCAGCGCAAAGGCUCGCCGCAGCGCCGGCCCCCUCCUCACCCGUACGCGUAAGGGCCCCCCUCUCGCCUCGAGUGUCUGCGAGCUUGACGUCUUCUCAUCUCGGCUAAUCUCGGCCAAUCUCGGCUCAUCUUGA